CUUAGAAGAGGAGAAAGAUCCUGACGCUAUAAAUACCCUGGCGCUCGUUUCCACCUUCCUCAAUCCGCACCUCACAAACGACAUCGUUCUCUCCUCCUUCGUAGAAAAUGCGCUUCUUGCAGCUCAUAAAGACAAAACAAAUCCAAAUUUUCUUUUAAGUUCGCUUAAUCGUUAGUGUUUGUUAUAGGUGGUGCUGUUGGGGUGCUGCAUUGAUUUUGAUUUCGAUUUCGAUUUACAAGAAUGUGGAAGGUUGUGCGAUUCGCGGCGUCCAGAUCACGGCGAUUCUCCACGGCGAUUCCCGGGCCGUGCAAGGUCCACAAGCGGGGCACUGAUAUCCUCCAUGAUCCGUGGUUCAACAAGGAUACUGGGUUUCCCAUAACUGAAAGGGAUCGAUUGGGACUUCGGGGCCUUCUUCCACCUCGUGUCAUUUCAUUUGAGCAUCAAUAUGAUCGGUUUAUGGAUUCAUAUAGAUCUUUGGAGAAGAAUACACGGGGCCAAUCAGAUAAAUUUGUUGCCUUAUCCAAAUGGAGGAUCUUAAAUAGAUUGCAUGACAGGAAUGAGAUUCUGUAUUACCGAGUUCUUAUCCGUAACAUCAAAGAGUUUGCUCCUAUAAUAUAUACUCCUACAGUUGGAUUAGUGUGUGAAAAUUAUUCAGGGUUAUUUAGACGCCCGCGGGGUAUGUAUUUUAGUGUCAAAGAUAAAGGAGAGAUGAUGUCAAUGAUCUAUAACUGGCCUGCUGACGAGGUAGAUAUGAUUGUCCUGACAGAUGGUAGCCGUAUUCUUGGCUUGGGUGACCUUGGCGUUCAGGGCAUAGGAAUACCUAUUGGAAAACUUGACAUGUAUGUUGCUGCUGCUGGUAUCAACCCACGAAAAAUACUUCCAGUUAUGUUAGAUGUUGGUACAAACAAUGAAAAGCUACUCAAAGAUCCCCUUUAUUUAGGAGUUCGACAGCCUAGGUUGGAAGGUGAAGAGUACCUAUCGAUUAUUGAUGAAUUCAUGGAAGCUGUACACGCUCGAUGGCCUAAGGCUAUUGUUCAGUUUGAGGAUUUCCAAAUGAAGUGGGCUUUUGAAACCCUUAAACGAUAUAGACAAAGGUUUUGCAUGUUUAAUGAUGAUAUACAGGGCACCGCCGGUGUUGCACUUGCUGGGCUAUUGGGAACUAUAAGAUCCCAAGGUCGACCAUUGUCUGAUUUUUUGAAACAAAAGAUAGUUGUUGUUGGAGCAGGGAGUGCAGGGCUUGGUGUUCUUAAGAUGGCUGCCCAGGCUGUUUCAAGAAUGUCAGGGGGCAGUGGAACUGCGGCCACUGCUAACAGCCCAUUUUUUUUAAUUGAUAAAAAUGGUCUUGUCACCACGGAAAGGAGCAAUCUAGAUCCAGCUGCUGUUCCAUUUGCCAAAAAUCCAAGAGAUCUUGAAGGUCUUACAGAGGGUGCUAGUAUAAUUGAAGUGGUUAAGAAGGUUAAGCCACACGUGCUACUUGGAUUGUCUGGAGUUGGUGGUGUUUUUGACACGGAGGUGCUCAAGGCAAUGAGAGAAUCUGCUUCAACAAAACCUGCUAUCUUUGCAAUGUCUAAUCCCACCGUGAAUGCUGAGUGCACUGCUAUUGAAGCUUUCAGUCACGCUGGAAAAAAUAUCGUUUUUGCAAGUGGAAGCCCUUUUGACGAUGUAGAUCUCGGAAAUGAAGUUGGCCAUGUCAAUCAAGCCAACAAUAUGUACCUAUUCCCAGGGAUUGGUUUGGGUACACUUCUAUCCGGUGCUCGUCAUAUAACAGACGAAAUGUUGCGAGCAGCAGCUGAAUGCCUUGCUUCAUAUAUGACAGAUGAGGAGGUCCAAAAAGGAAUCUUGUUUCCAUCUAUUGACUGUAUUCGGAAUGUUACAGCUGAGGUUGGAGCUGCUGUUAUUGGUGCUGCGGUUGCAGAAAAUCAGGCUGAAGGAUAUGGUGAUAUAGGGUUGAGAGAACUAGCAAACAUGUCAAAAGAAGAUACUGUGGAGUAUGUGCGAGGCAAUAUGUGGUACCCUGAGUAUAGCCCCCUUGUUCAUGAAAAAUGAAAUUGUUUGAAGGAAGGCCUUUUGGUUUGCUAUUUUUCAUUUUUUAUCUUAGCUAUUGAUGACUAGCAAGGUUUUGAUAGUUGAAGUUGUGAGAAGGGGAAAAGGCCGCGUAGGCAGUGAAUUCUCUGUGUACUCCCUUUCUUUUUGAAGCUUCACUAGUAUUAUAGACAAUUCUUAAUUUCUGCUUCUCUAAUCGCAUCAUUUGCUUUUUAACAUUUACAAUACUGAAAACCACGC